AUGUCCCGAAGACGAUCAAAUGCAUGUUCUGCUUGUCAUAGAAGAAAGAUCAAGUGCGAUGUAAUGGCCCAGAGACCGUGCACGAACUGUAGGUUAUUCGGGACGGUUUGCCAAUUGCAUGCCGAUGAAAGAAGGAAGAGAAGUACGAGUGAUCAUACUUAUAUAACUGGCGACAACGCUGAGAAUACUGCACAUCAACGAUUGAAGAUUUUACUUGCAGAUGGAGGGCUGUUCGGUAUGGACUACCUUAAGGAGCUCAUUAAGAGGAAAGAUGAUCUGAAAGAGGUUGUUUUUCACUCUCACAAGAAGAAUUUUGAAUGCACUAGUAUGUAUUACUUUCCUUCCAGUUCCCACUAUCAGAUAUAUGCACCCAAUCCAACCCAGAUUCAUACCUAUGUUGAUCCCUGUCAAUAUAUGAAGAAUAUGACAGCGUUACAGUUGCCAGAUGCAAAUGUAACUGUGUGGGAAAUUCUUAUGCUAGAAGGUGCGCUUUUGCUUCCGAAGAAGUCGAUUUGUCGAGAGCUUAUUGACGACUUUUUUAAAUACAACCAUUGGAUAUUUCCAUUCAUUAACAAGAAAGAGUUUAUCGAGCAGUUUGAGGAAAGUAAGUGUUCCAUGCUACUACUCCAAUGCAUUAUACGAUGUGCCAUCAUAUCAUCAGAUGACCCUCGGUUCCUAGAUGACCUUCAAAGUAUUCAUCUUGCUUCAGAAAUCAUGUCGAAAAGGAUAAAAUGUCUGUUAAACUACAGCUAUGAAACAGACCCCUUAGUAAGGAUUCAAGGACUGUUAUUACAAACUAAAGGCGAAUCCCUGUCUACUAACGAGCUGGUUAUAGAAGAAAGUUUAUUUUUUGCAGCCAAUUUAAUUAAUUGUUUCGGUUUCCAUAGAGCGAAUUUAGACUCAGAUCCAUUCCCUCAAAAAGACAAGAAGCUAUGCUAUUGGUACUUCUAUAUCAUGUCCAAUGCAUACUUAAAUGGUAAUAUCUUUGAAAUGGAUGUCGAUGUGGAGAUGCUUACCCUUGACGAUUUCUCAGAGGACAUGCCAUAUCAGGAGAAGUAUGUGUUCAUCAAGUUAGUUGAACUAAGUGGCAUUUUGAAGAGUAUUAAAAAGCUCAAUUACAGUCCAAAGACCGAAUUCACAAUUGACUCUACAGAGAACAUCAUGAAUUUCACUAGUGUGAUCGAUAAGUGGAAAUCUACACUGCCGCCGUUUUUCAUAGAGUGUUUAGAAACGAACGGCAUCUUGGAAAAGGAGGAUUCCCGUUUGUUCAUCUACGUUCACUUACUUUAUUGUAAAGUUAUAUUGUAUUUGCAUAAGAAGGUAUGGUUAUAUGGGUCAGUUAAUGAUAAGCAAUAUAGCCUAUCGACACCAAUUUGUUACAGCACGAUCAACAUGAUUCUUGAUAUAUGCGAUGCUAUUGUCGGAAGCGAAUAUUUGAGAAGAAGAAUGCAUGAAAUUUUCAACAGAAUCAUACUGGAAGCUUUCCAGGUGGUCAAUUAUAAGUAUCAUACCGACUCUGAUCUCAUUACAAAAGAUGCAUGCUUUUCAUAUGUUGUACGUUUCCAAAAGUAUUUCGAGGCAACGAAAAGUCAUUGGUUAACAGCAAAGGUUGGUGGUGAAGUUUUGAAAUCGUACUUCCCGAGUGCUGUUGGCCAGUUUCGGCCACUGUCAUCAUUAGACGACCAUGAGGUAUAUGACUUUCAAUUCUGA